UCAGUAACAGAAACACGCAAACAGUUGGAAGGCCAAAAGCCCAAAUUCAUCAAACGUUCACUUGUUCGGAGCCCUAAUCACCCGCUCUCAGUAGUCGGCAGCGUGUGGAGAUGGCGCAGAAGAGAGAGAAGCCUAACAUACUGAUUACCGGAACGCCGGGAACCGGUAAAACGACGACGGCUUCAGCUCUGGCGGAGGCGACCAGUCUUCGGCAUAUCAACGUUGGUGAUUUGGUGAAGGAGAAGAACCUCCAUGAUGGCUGGGACGAGGAGUUCGACUGUUACGUCAUCAACGAAGACCUUGUGUGUGAUGAGCUUGAGGAUUUGAUGGAGGAAGGUGGAAACAUUGUGGAUCACCAUGGUUGUGACUUCUUUCCUGAACGUUGGUUUGAUCGUAUCGUGGUUCUUCAAACUGACAACUCAGUGUUGUAUGAUCGACUAACUAAGAGGGGUUAUACAGGGAAAAAGCUCUCAAACAAUAUUGAAUGUGAAAUAUUUCAGGUUUUAUUGGAGGAGGCCAAAGACAGUUAUCGAGAAGAUAUUGUCGUGGCACUAAGAAGUGACUGCAUUGAUGAUAUACAUAGAAACGUCUCUACUUUAACUGAUUGGGUUAGAAGUUGGAGCUCCUUAUCUUGAUUUCACAUCUUUGUUUAAAAGGAACACGAUGAUGUCCCACAGAGAAGAGCAAAGUUUAUAUUAUGGUUAUCUUAUUUGAUGGGCUACAGUUUUUGGCUUUUAAGAGAGUGGAAAAUUUUCAUUACUUAAUCCAUCCUU